AUGGCUGGGUUUCCUCGCAGUGGAUCCCAUACAUUGGCAUACGCCUUGGAGAGUCUCGGAUUCCGAACCUGCCAUGGACAAGAAAUCGGGCGAAACGUUUUGGGAACACACGGAGCUCUAGCAAGUGCCCUACAGGACAAUGACAUCGACGCGAUUCUGAGAGAAACCAGCACUCUGCGAUGCAACGCAACGCUCGAACUGCACGCAAUAUUUUGGCAAGAGCUUGCUGACGCAAGUCCAGAUACAAAAUUUAUUGUCCUUUUGCGAGAUUUUGAUUCCUGGUUUGACAGUGUAGUUGCAUUUUUGAACGGGAUGGCUCCUUUGUAUAGAUAUCCGCUAAGAUUUGUCCCUUUUUUCAGUCGAAAUUUUGAUAUGGCGACCGGUUUGGCGCGAUACCGGGACGGCAUGACUUACGAAGGUGCAGUUCAUUAUUUGCAGAAUCCUGCAACGGAAUAUCAUACAAAUCUACUCCGAGCUUCGCAUAGCCAAUUCCAUGAGCUGAUCCUCGAGCGUAUUGCCAAGGAACCCGAACGCUUUUUGGCGUUGAGCUUGACUGAUGGCUUUCCACCAUUGUGUGAUUUUCUGCAGAUUGCCUGGGAAGACUGCCCAAAAGUGGAUUUUCCGCGACUAGGUGAUCGGACCGCUGUCCGUACUGUUGGCCGAUUCCUUCGAAUAUUGGAGAUAAGUUUGUACGUCCUUCCUAUUUUGCUACUGUACAGCGCAUGGAAGAUGAUGAAACGUGCCAAAACUUUUGGAAAAGUGAAAAUAGGCUGA